CCUUCGUCCAGACCGGGGUUGAAACAUGCUUUGACGGACACUAUGCGCGAUGAAUGCCACAUGGGGUCUCCUGGCGGUUUUGAGUCUGGUGUGCCACACUGAGUCGACGUGCUCGCCGACCUCCUACUACAAGAACUGCUGGAUCCGUCGGUUCCCGGGGAUCUUCAUCGACAUCGAGGAGUCUCAGAGAAGAGGAGCGCAGCUGCUGAGGUCCUACCCGGAGGAGACGGCGCUGAAAUGCAGCCGCAGCUGCUGCCUCACCAGGAACUUUUCUUGCAAUCUGGCCAUAUUUCACUUUGAUACCAUACAAGAGAAUGUGAACUGCGUCCACAUGCACUGUCCGACUCUCGAGAGUUGCAUUCUGAGUCACAGGGAGAACGUUGUCCUCUACAACGUCACGAAAGGUGUGGAUCCUGAUCUGUUAGUGUUUGGGAAACACUUUACCUCCAACGUCCGCGUGCUACCCCACCACUACAGCAGAGUGAACGCCUCAGAUCCGCUGCCCUCAGACAAGCGAAACUUCAUCCAUCCGCCUCCUCAUCCCGUGCAGCCUCGCACCGCCGCACCCUCUGUGAAGCCAUCCAUUCCACCGACUGAAGCAGAGCAGAGCACCCGUCAACUCACAACCGAUUCCACAACUAAAUCAGCCUUCACCGGACAAACCUCCCCAUCCUCCGACAAUCAUGUCCAAACAACAAUCCUGACGACCGCUGCAACAUCUGCUGAGUCCAGCAUCACCACAUCAAACUCCAUUACCUCUCCAACCUCCGUUGACCUGGAGACGCCUCCGGGGUUAUCUACAACAACUGCAAAACCCUUCACAUCCAUCCCAGCCACCGCCGUUCAUAAGGUGACCAGCAGCGUUUCAGCGACCACAAUUCUCCCGAGUGAGACAGAGCACAGCAGCAACAGCAGCAUAGACGUCACCGCCGGGGGGAACUACACCGCAGGCGGCGAUGAAGGUCAGGAAGUCGGUGAGGACGACACUGUGGAAGAGCUGGGGUCUGGGUGGCACGUGGCUGCGCACACUCUACUGGUUGCUGUGGCCAUUUGUGUCACACUGCUGCUGAGCUGCUGCUGCUCUGUGCUGCUGGUGGUGAGCUGGAGGGGCCAGAGGAAGAGGAUGGGCCGCUAUCGCACAUCGUGGAGAGGGAAGCGAGCUUCCAUGCGUCUGAUUAAGUAUGUGCUGGUGAAAGAGAACUCCUGAAACACAGAACUGGUACUUCCUGUUAUUGUUUUGUAGGAAGAAAUGAGGUGAUGCUAAACCGCAGUAGGCAUGGGCCUCCUAAUAGUAUCAAAAGUAUUUCAGACUUCUUAGAAGUUACCAAACCGCUACAAUUUAACAGGAUGUGAACAUUUUUUUUGGCUGCGUGGAGUAACAUAUUAUCACACUGAAUCAACAUUUUGUGAACUGCUGGUCAGCUAGCUGAAAACCGCAUACCAUAUUUGAUCCUUUUGCUUAAAAGAAAGACAAAUGUUCUUGUUUGGAAAAUUUUUCAAACGAAAAGGGGCAGCACCUCUUAUUAACCAGCUGAAAUCGGCUUGUUGCACCUGCGUAACUUUAGUUAGAGCAGCAAUAAUAGUCAGCAUUCUAAAACUACAAAGUCUAAAGCUUCAAGAUCUAAAUAUUAAGAACUUGAGGCACACGCCUGUUACUUAGGAUAAACUGCAUCUCAGCUAAUGACUUGGAAGCAUUUCGGCAUGUAGACUCAUCAAAGAUGACUUGCCGAAAUUCAAACCGAGCGUCACAAUGGAUCGGAAGAAGGGAUUUAGGCGACUUUGACUGUGGCCUGGUUGUUGGUGCAUAGCAGACUAGACUGAGUAUUUCAGAGGCAACGAUUCACACAGGUUCAUCAAAAUGAAACAAUAUCAGAAUGGAAAAAUGGACAAUAUCUGAACAAGAUAUCUGUUGGUUUCAGUACAUCAAACUGACAACCUUUUUAAAGAUAUUUUGAAUGCUAGCGUGAAUAAAUUUUAAGAAAGAAAAAAAAAAACUAUUAAUAUUGGAGAAGACUUGUAUAUUCUGCUGGCUCUUAUGGGCUUGCAGCAGAAGUGAGCGAGUGACUAAAAUGA